AGGGGGAGGCUGUUCUCGCUGAGGCAGGUGUAAAAGUGUAGUAAUGACAACCUUCCUGGAAUUCAUCCAGCAGAAUGAAGACAGGGAUGGCGUUAGGUUCAGCUGGAAUGUAUGGCCUUCCAGUCGUCUUGAAGCCACAAGAAUGGUGGUUCCAGUGGCCUCCCUGUUUACACCGCUGAAAGAGCGACCUGACUUGCCUCCUAUUCAAUAUGAGCCCGUCCUGUGCAGUAGAACUACCUGCCGUGCUGUUCUUAAUCCACUAUGCCAGGUGGAUUACCGAGCAAAACUAUGGGCUUGCAAUUUUUGUUAUCAGAGAAAUCAGUUUCCGCCUACGUAUGCUGGUAUAUCUGAGAUGAACCAGCCUGCAGAACUCUUACCUCAAUUUUCUAGUAUUGAAUAUGUAGUACAGCGUGGACCUCAGAUGCCUUUGAUAUUUCUUUAUGUUGUGGACACCUGUAUGGAAGACGAAGACUUGCAGGCUUUGAAGGAAUCCAUGCAGAUGUCAUUGAGCCUCUUACCUCCAACGGCCCUGGUAGGACUUAUUACUUUUGGAAGAAUGGUACAAGUUCAUGAACUCGGCUGUGAAGGAAUUUCCAAAAGUUAUGUCUUUAGAGGGACAAAGGAUCUGUCUGCAAAACAACUUCAGGAAAUGCUAGGACUUACCAAAAUGAAUGUUUCACAAGUGGGUCGUGGUCCUCAAGUACAACAGCCUCCACCUUCAAACAGAUUUUUACAGCCAGUACAGAAAAUUGACAUGAAUCUCACUGAUCUUUUGGGUGAACUGCAACGGGAUCCUUGGCCUGUUCCCCAAGGGAAAAGGCCGUUGCGAUCGUCUGGAGUAGCUCUUUCCAUAGCUGUAGGACUGCUUGAGUGUACUUUCCCUAAUACUGGUGCUCGCAUAAUGAUGUUUAUUGGAGGACCCGCUACCCAGGGACCCGGGAUGGUUGUUGGCGAUGAACUUAAACUCCCUAUAAGAUCUUGGCAUGACAUUGAAAAAGACAAUGCCAAAUAUGUUAAAAAGGCUACUAAGCAUUUUGAAGCUUUGGCAAAUCGUGCAGCUACAACAGGUCAUGUUAUUGACAUCUAUGCAUGUGCACUAGAUCAGACUGGUCUUCUGGAGAUGAAAUGUUGUCCCAACUACACAGGGGGUUACAUGGUAAUGGGAGACUCCUUCAACACGUCCUUGUUCAAACAAACUUUUCAGCGAGUGUUUACCAAAGAUGCCCAGGGGCAGUUCAAGAUGGGAUUUGGAGGCACCUUAGAAAUUAAGACUUCAAGAGAAAUAAAGAUAUCUGGUGCUAUUGGACCCUGCGUCUCUCUCAAUUCUAAAGGGCCUUGUGUAUCAGAAAAUGAGAUAGGAACAGGAGGUACCUGUCAGUGGAAGAUUUGUGGACUUAAUCCUAAUACAACCCUUGCAUUGUACUUUGAAGUUGUUAAUCAGCACAAUGCUCCAAUUCCUCAGGGUGGACGAGGUGCAAUCCAGUUUGUGACUCAGUAUCAGCAUUCAAGUGGACAGAGGCGCAUUAGAGUGACCACUGUUGCCAGAAAUUGGGCAGACGCUCAGACGCAGAUUCAAAACAUCGCUGCCUCUUUUGACCAGGAGGCAGCUGCCAUCCUUAUGGCCAGACUGGCAGUGUAUAGAGCUGAGACAGAAGAAGGACCAGAUGUUCUCAGGUGGUUGGACAGGCAGCUCAUCAGAUUGUGUCAGAAAUUUGGAGAAUAUCACAAGGAUGAUCCAAGCUCAUUCAGAUUUUCAGAAACUUUCUCUCUUUACCCACAGUUUAUGUUUCAUUUAAGAAGAUCUCCUUUCUUGCAAGUGUUCAACAACAGUCCUGACGAAAGUUCUUAUUAUCGCCAUAAUUUUAUGCGGCAAGAUUUGACUCAGUCACUUAUAAUGAUUCAGCCAAUCCUCUAUUCUUACUCCUUCAGUGGACCUCCAGAGCCUGUUCUCUUAGAUAGCAGCAGUAUUCUGCCCGAUCGCAUUCUUCUCAUGGACACCUUUUUCCAAAUCCUUAUUUAUCAUGGAGAGACCAUAGCUCAAUGGCGAAAGUCAGGCUACCAGGACAUGCCAGAGUAUGAAAACUUCCGCCAUUUGCUCCAAGCUCCAGUGGAUGACGCGCAGGAAAUUCUUCAUUCCCGAUUUCCAAUGCCCCGAUACAUUGAUACAGAACAUGGGGGUAGCCAGGCUCGUUUUCUACUUUCGAAAGUAAAUCCCUCCCAGACUCAUAAUAACAUGUAUGCCUGGGGACAGGAAUCUGGAGCACCUAUUCUUACGGAUGAUGUCAGUCUGCAAGUCUUCAUGGAUCAUUUGAAGAAACUGGCUGUGUCCAGUGCUGCCUAAAAGGGGUGUGGAGUGUAAUAGAUGUUGACAAGCUGAAGCAGCAUUUCAGCUUUAUUUUCUGUUUUAUGUAAUUGUAAAACAAAUGUUCUGAUGUAUGCAAUCUGCCUAACUACAUUUUAAAACAAUGUAGCUCUCGAGUGAACAUUUAUUGUUGGCGGCCCAAAUACAAACUGCAGUUUUGAAAAAGCAAAUUAAUUUGGAAUAGAAUUACAGGAAGAAGUCUUGUUGGUUGCCAUGAUAUUACCGUAAUUUAUCUUAGUCCAUUGAUUAUAACUUUGUAUUAUCUUUUGUAACAGUAGAAAAUAAUAUUCUGGCAAGCACUGCAAGACAUGGUAAAUGUUAUAAAAAAGACCAUUGUCAGCACUGGCCUUUCAUGAUUUGCCUUGUGGCAUAUUCAUGUUGAUUCCUUUUGGCUAGAGAAGAACAAAGAAAUUGAUUAUAAAAAUGCAAUAAAUUCAACUU